AUGCAGAACUUUUAUCUAUCUAUCUAUCUAUCUAUCUAUCUAUCUCAGUUCAUAUGUAUUUAUCUAUCUCAAUGUGUUCAUAUCUAUUUCAGACUGUUCCUAUCUAUCUAUCUAUCUAUCUCAGUAUAUAUUAAUUUUAUUGCUGUAAUUUUUUAUCUAUCUAUCUAUCUAUCUAUGUUCAUAUCUAUUUGUAGUUUAUUCAGUAUCUAUCUAUCUAUCUAUCUAUCUCUCCAUCUUAUCUAUCUAUCUAUCUAUCUAUGCCCAUUUGUUCAUAACUGUCAAUAUAUCUAUGUACGUUUAUUCAGUAUCUAUCUAUCUAUCUAUCUAUCUAUCUAUCUAUCUAUCUAUCUAUCUAUGCCUGUUUGUUCAUAUCUGUCAAUAUAUCUAUGUACGUUUAUUCAGUAUCUAUCUAUCUAUCUAUCUAUCUAUGCCCAUUUGUUCAUACCUGUCAAUAUAUCUAUGUACGUUUAUUCAGUAUCUAUCUAUCUAUCUAUGCCCAUUUUAUCUAUCUAUCUAUCCCAUUUGUUCUAUCUAUCUAUGUAUUUAUUCAGUAUCUAUCUAUCUAUCUAUGCCCAUUUGUUCAUACCUGUCAAUAUAUCUAUGUACGUUUAUUCAGUAUCUAUCUAUCUAUCUAUCUAUCUAUGCCUGUUUGUUCAUAUCUGUCAAUAUAUCUAUGUACGUUUAUUCAGUAUCUAUCUAUCUAUCUAUCUAUCUAUCUAUGCCUGUUUGUUCAUAUCUGUCAAUAUAUCUAUGUACGUUUAUUCAGUAUCUAUCUAUAUCUAUCUAUCUUGUUCAUACCUCAAUAUAUCUAUGUACGUUUAUUCUAUCUAUCUAUCUAUGCCUGUUUGUUCAUUAAUUAUCUAUGUUUUAUUCUAUCUAUCUAUCUAUCUAUCUAUGCCUGUUUGUUUAUAUCUAAUAUCUAUGUAUUUUUUCUAUCUAUCUAUCUAUCUAUCUAUGCCCAUUUGUUCAUAUAUAUCUAUCUAUCUAUCUAUAUAUCUAUGUUCCCUGUUAUAUUCAUGUAUUUUUCUAUCUAUCUAUCUAUCUAUCUAUCUGAUUCUGUUUAUAUCUAUCUAUCUAUCUAUUAUUCUCAGUCUGUUCAUAUCUAUCUAUCUAUCUAUCUCAGUCUGUUCAUAUCUAUCUAUCGAUCGAUCUAUCUAUCUAUCUGUCUCAGUCUGUCCAUAUCUAUCUAUCUAUCUAUCUAUCUAUCUAUCUAUCUCAGUCUGUCCAUAUCUAUCUAUCUAUCUAUCUAUCUAUCUAUCUAUCUCUCUAUCUCUCUAUCUGCCUGUCUGUCUGUCACAGUCUGUUCAUAUCUAUCUAUCUAUCUAUCUAUCUCAGUCUGUUCAUUAUCUAUUUGUCUCAGUCUGUACAUAUCUAUCUAUCUAUCUAUCUAUCUAUCCCUCCCUCCUAUUUCAACAUUAUCUAUCUAUCUAUUUUAUUAUUUCAUAUCAGUCUAGCAAGAUCGCUCUCUUCCUCUCCUUACUGUGUCUUUCUUUCUUCACAUUUAUCCACCUGCGGAUCAUUCGAUGUUUUAAUGAUGGUAAUAUUUUUUAUCUAUCUAUCUAUCUAUCUAUCCAUCUUGGUCACUUCAUGUCUAUCUGUCUCGCUUGGUCUUUUCAUAUCUAUCUAUCUAUCUAUCUAUCUAUCUAUCUAUCUAUCUAUCUCAGUAUAUAUUAG